AUGGCUGCAAAAAGGAACCCGAAGAUUUUGGAACUCCCACAAGUUGCGCGCAAGAAGGGGGACACGAGCAAGACACGCAGGCUAGAGAACCUUGAACCCGUCGCGAACGAAACACGCAAGAAAGGGAAAAAGGAACAACGAGGAGCGAUAAAAAAGAAGCAGAGCGAGAAGGGAGGGGUUCUCUUGAGUGAUCAAAAGAGGGUACCAGAAAGAGGCGAAACCUAUCCCAAGAGCGGAGAAAAAUUACUAAGGGUACCAAAGAAUGUCUCUGGAAAGAGAACGAGGGGUUUUGCACCCGCGCGCAAGGUUAAAUUCGGUCUCAGCGAUUCCAAGAUCUCAGUCUCAGGUAACGAACGCGCUCGUAUCGCCCGAACACGCAGGCGGUCGUUGAAAGAACAGGCAUCCGCCGUUAAGAAGGUCUCCGACGAAAAACAAAUAAAAAUAAAAAAUAAAAAUAAAAAAAGGGGACAGGCGUGGUGA